GAUUUUCCGCAGCUUUAAUAAAAUGAGAUGCGACGAACGACUGAACGAGUCCUCCCUGCCAAACACGGUGGCCGGAUCUCACAUUCCUCGAUCCUACGUUCUUACAUCUUUUGCGCUCCAUAACUCGACACAGAAGCAGCCAAAUCAUGCAAUUAUUUGAGAAUGAUGAUAUUCUUCUCAGAAAAAGCUUUAGCAGAUCAGAAAAUGCGGUAACUCCGCUCAUUUUACCACCACCAUCCGACCACCACCACCACCACCGCCUCCACCCAUCCAGAAUGAAGAACAUAUACCCAACUCCGCUCAAAUCGACAAAGAGAAAACAGACAAACAAACCCCAUAAUUGAUAACGAAAAGGAAGAGAAAACAAGAAAAAAAGUUUGUCGCUUUGGGUAUUCCCACCAAGAUCUCAUCUGGGUUGUGUUUCGUCAGAUGUUUUAGGGUUCGGGGUGUACCAUUUUUGAAUGAAUUAGAUCGAUUCAAAGAACAUAAAAGAAAAAAAUCACGAAUUUCAAGUUUUGUUUGGAGAGAUAAGUUAACAAGAGAGGAUGAAUAUAUUGUGGAAAGACCUAGGGAUUCCGACAGAUUCAUUCCAUGAAGUUCGAGUUGAAUGCACCGAUGUUCCUAAAACCAAAUUUAAAAUCAAGCAAUCAGCAUUCAGUCUAGAAGGUCAUCUUGAUAUAGGCCAAACCCUUGGUCGAAUUUAUCGUGGUGGGAUACAUCCAACAAUCAGAGGAGAAGUAUGGGAAUUUUUACUCGGUUGUUUUGAUCCAAAGAGUACAUAUGAGGAGAGAAAAGAGAUACGCCUAACAAGAAGAGAAGAAUAUGGAAGACUAAAAGAAUUAUGCCCAUACAUGUUUCCACUUGUUGGAAGUGGCAAGUUUAUAACUGCUCCUGUAAUAACAGAAGAUGGAACCCCAACCUAA